AUGCAAGCUGUGGCAGACCCCCUGGCACGUCUUCCUCCCGAACUCGUCCUCCGCGUCGUCGAAUUCGCCUCGCUCUCGACGUUGGCCUCGCUCACUGCGGUUUCCAAGGCUUGGCACCAGUUCAUCGACGUCACCCAUCAAGAGACCAUCUACUCCUCCAAAGUCGGAGAAUGCAGCCGUGAUCUGGUCCUGCAAAUCAGCGAUGACCCCGUCUGGCGCUUUCGCGCUGAUUUGAAGCGUCGCUUCAUAGUCUCGACCUCUCAUGCCGGUGGGCUGAACGUCACGGAUCUCGAUACCGGUGAGAUCUUGUGGCGCCUCCCCUCAACGCUGGACAGUGACGCGGAGGAGGCGGUUCGUCCGUACGCUCACCUGGAGUACCAAGAUGGCAUGGCUGUCUUUGAUCGUGAGGGGGACGCCGUCGAGGUCUGGCAAGCCGAUCUGGACGACGCCCCUCGCGGCGAAUUUCGGCGCAUUGCAGUCUUGGACCACGACUGCCAAACCAGAGGCUUCCAGCUGUCAUACUCGACCCUUUGCGUGGUCUCUACACAAGGCCAGGGCUUCGUUUAUGACAUGACACAGCGGCCUCCCAGGAGGACCACUCACCUCACGAUCGAAAACGACGCUGUCGGUCACCUCGAUCAGAGCCAUGAUGCUGUCAUGUACUCGAUGGGUCCGCGAGGUUAUCAUGUCUAUAGCAAGUCCACUGGAGAGCUCAUGGGCGUUCUGAAGCCAUCAGAAUGUGCGGAAAGGUAUCACAUAUCCCCGUCGCCUGGGACCUUCUCCGGGGAAACACGGCCUAUGACAGCUUCACGACACGGCUCAACGGCGCCCGUCAGCCUAGGACCAGCUGGCUCGGAUCGCCUAAUGCCAAUACAGAUUGCAAAGGGCCGACUUCCACUGCCAAGUGAUCCUGACCAUAUCCGGAACGGCGAGGAUGAAUGGGGAGCUGGGAUGGAGGACAAUGGCUUGUUCGUGGGUGUUUCACGUGCUGGUCGCGUAUUCGUCUGCUCGAACUGGCGCAAAGCCCUUCGGGACUCCAACAGUUUCCAAGCACAAAGUGCCAUCAUUGAGUGCGAGUCGGAUGGGUCGACUUUUGACCUGGGCGGAUGGCUGUCAGUGCGUAACAACCGCUUAAUGUUUGAGGUUGAAGACCGGGCCUAUAUCGUUGCACUCGAUGAAAACGGCCGCAUUCAAGAUCCUAAUCGGCCGUUGCGCCCUUCGUACUCGCUCUACACCUCUUCAACGCCACAGCUGGCCGUCCCAGUUAGCUUCAUGGCUCUGUUUGAAGAUUCAAUCAUGACUACAUAUACCACACUAGGCCGGCGCCUCCACAAUCGUGACCCCGCCGCUCGUGCCCUUCAAGACGGGCUGAACCGUAUUUUCCCGACAAAGACAAUUCGGUUAAUCAGUCUCGCGCCAGAUCCCCCUCCCGGCGCCGGUACGAAUCCGGAAGACUCGCGGAAUACGGGUCUCUGGAAUUUUGAUCAGCACCCGCUAACUGCUGAUGCGGCGCUACGCUCCCAGGCACUCUUGCAGUUGCUAGAUAUAUUCCAAGGGGACUUCGCCGAAGGGGGCGAUGAUGAGACUGAUCAUGAGGUUGACGAUGAGUGGGAGGAUCUUGAUGAUCCUGAGGGCGUGGAAUAG